AUGAUGUUUGUGAUCUUGGCCUUGUUUGUUGCUGGUGCCUACGGUUGUGGCGUGCCCACCUACCCCCCUGUCCUCUCAAGGGUGGUUGGUGGAGUAAAUGUCCGUCAGAACAGUUGGCCCUGGCAGGUGUCUCUGCAGUACAAGAGUGGUAGUUAUUGGUACCACACUUGCGGUGGUACCCUGAUCUCCAGUGAAUGGGUUCUUACUGCUGCUCACUGCAUCGGAAGCCGCACCUACAGAGUCUACCUGGGAAAACAUGACCUCACAGCCAAUGAGGCUGGGUCAGUUGCCAUCAGCCCCACAAAGAUCAUCGUUCAUCCUAACUGGGACUCUUACAAUAUCCGUAACGAUAUUGCCCUGAUCAAGCUUUCAAGUCCCGCAACACUCUCAUCCAGCAUCACCCCUGCCUGUCUCCCCACCUCUGGUGAAAUUCUGCCUGAUAAGGCUCCCUGCUACGUAACUGGAUGGGGACGUCUCUGGACUGGUGGCCCCAUUGCUGACAUCAUGCAGCAGGCCCUCCUCCCUGUGGUCAGCUACUCCACUUGCAGCAGGUCUGAUUGGUGGGGCACUUUGGUCACCAAUAACAUGAUUUGUGCUGGAGGGGAUGGUGAGGUGGCUAGCUGCAAUGGAGACUCUGGUGGCCCCCUGAACUGCAGGAACUCUGAUGGUUCUUGGGAUGUUCACGGAAUUGUGAGCUUUGGCUCAAGCUUGGGCUGCAACUACCCCAAGAAGCCCUCCGUGUUCACCAGAGUCAGUGCCUACAGCAGCUGGAUGGACAGUGUUAUGACAUCCAACUAAAACGACUGGAGAACUUGAUGACAGAUGAUUUUGUUGCUUGAGAAAUAAAUAAAUGAUUAAAAAAUAACUAU